AUGAAAGAAGAUAAUAGGCUACUGGGAGAGUACAAGGACCAUGGCGGCGACUCAAGGGGGAUAGGAGCACAUGCAUCUGAUGCACCGGGACGACAAUUUAAAUCGGAACAUUGGCGCAGUUCUUGCCACGCCCUGAGGCGAUUUUCAAAGUAUGUGAUGAUCGCAAUGGCUCUCAAGGUUUUCUUUGGGGCCCUUCUUGGGCUUUUGCCAUAUCUCGCCGACGAGGUCCAGGGGGCAAUCACGUACCCGGACUGCGAAAAUGGCCCCUUGUCCACCAACAUCGUCUGCGAUGUGGCUGCCACUCCGGCCGAGAGAGCCGCGGGCCUCGUCGAUAUCAUGGAGCUUGAGGAGAAGCUUGAGAAUCUGGUCAACAACUCUCCCGGUGCGCCCAGGAUAGGGCUCCCGUCGUACGAGUGGUGGUCCGAGGCCCUGCACGGUGUGGCCAAAUCACCCGGCGUGACCUUCAACAAGUCAUCCAGCGGGGCCUUUUCCUCUGCGACGUCCUUUGCCAACCCCAUCGUCCUCUCUGCCGCGUUUGACGAUGAGCUGGUAGAGGCGGUGGCGAUGCAGAUCAGCACCGAAGCCCGGGCGUUCAGCAACGCGGGCCUGGCCGGGCUGGACUGGUGGACGCCCAACAUCAACCCGUACAAGGACCCGCGGUGGGGCCGGGGUAUGGAGACGCCGGGCGAGGACGCGCUCCGCAUCUCAAAGUACGUCAAGGCGCUCUUGCGGGGCCUCGAGGGCAGCGACCCGACGACCAGGAAGAUGAUUGCCAACUGCAAGCACUAUGCGGCCAACGACCUCGAGAGGUGGAACGGCGUGACGCGCUACAACUUUGACGCCCCCGUGACGCUGCAGGACCUGUCCGAGUACUACCUGCCGGCGUUCAAGCAGUGCGCCAGGGACAGCAACGUCGGGUCCUUCAUGUGUGCAUACAACGCCAUGUCGAUCAAGGGCAAGAACCUCUCCUGGAACGGGACACCGGUCUGUGCGAGCAAGUACCUGAUGCAUGACAUCCUGAGGGAGCACUGGGGAUGGAAGAAGCACAACAACUGGAUCACGAGCGAUUGCAACGCUGUUUUGCACAUGUGGAACCAGCACCACUGGUCAGCCACCCGUGAAGAUGCUGCGGGCUCCGCCUACACUGCCGGGACCGAUACAGUGUGCGAGGUUUCAAACUACGACAAGACUGCUGUCAAGGAAGCCUAUGACAGGGGUCUCCUUGAUGAACAUGUCGUCGAUCGGGCGCUCAAACGUCUGUACGAGGGCCUUGUCCGUGCGGGAUACUUUGAUGGCCCGGACGCUCCGUACCGCAACAUCACCUGGGCGGACGUCAACACCCCUGAGGCGAGGAAACUGGCGCUCAGGUCUGCUGCGGAAGGGAUGGUGCUGACCAAGAAUAAUGGCUUCUUGCCGAUCAAGUUGGAGGAACUACAGAAGGGGGGUAAGACCAUAGCGCUGAUUGGGAACUGGACAAACAAUGGAGAGCAGAUGCUUGGGACUUAUAGCGGGAUUGCGCCUUUCAGGAACACGCCGCUCGCUGCUGCCAAAGCGCUCAAUCUCAAAGUUGUCACGGCAGGUGGUCCAGUCAACCAGAGUACUGGGAGCCCCGACAGCUGGACCAGGCCUGCCUUGAAUGCGGCCAAACAGGCGGAUGUCGUUCUGUACUUUGGCGGGAUUGAUCUCUCUGUUGAGGCCGAGGACAGAGACAGGUACUCACUCGCUUGGCCUAGCGCUCAAGCAAAGCUGCUUCGGGAUAUUUCUGCCCUGGGCAAGCCGACAGUAGUGGUACAGCUGGGAACAAUGCUUGACGACACUGCCCUGCUGGAGAACAACAACAUCUCGGCUAUCAUCUGGGCGGGAUAUCCUGGCCAGGAUGGCGGCACUGCCGCGUUCGACAUCAUCACCGGCAAGACCGCUCCUUCGGGCCGGCUUCCCGUCACCCAAUAUCCAGCCAAUUAUGCAAAUCAGGUCCCCAUGACAGACAUGGAGGUCCGACCGUCCAAGGAGACCAAGGGAAGCAACGGGGCCACGGCCGGCAACCCGGGUCGGACAUACAGGUGGUAUGACCAAGCGGUCCACCCGUUCGGGUUCGGGCUGCACUACACGAACUUCACCACCUCUGUGGCCGUGGCCUCUUCGGCCACCAUCUCCACCUCGGACCUCGCAUCAGGUUGCAAGAAGGAGAAACACAUGGACAAGUGCGCGUUUCCGUCCUCGCUCGAAGUCUCCGUCACCAACGCGGGAAAAUCGGUCACGUCGUCCUACGCGGCCCUGGCGUUUGUGCGGGGAGAGUAUGGGCCGAGGCCGUAUCCGCUCAAGACGCUGGUUUCGUACGGAAAAGUGCACCACAUCGCACCCGGGCAGACCAAGAAGCUGAAACUGGGGUUGACUCUGGGCGACCUCGCCAGGACGGCGGAGAAUGGUGACCUGGUGCUAUAUCCGGGCAAGUAUGAGGUAUUGGUGGACGUGCCGACGGCGGCCAAGGCGAGCUUUGAGAUUCGUGGGGAUGAGCUUGUUCUCGAUCAAUUCCCGCAGCCAAAGGAUGAUUAG